AUGCGCUCGGUAAAAGGACUGACCAGGGCCUUGAACGACAGUGGGAGGUUCAGAUACAAGGAUCCAGAAGCUGUCGUUGACUUUCUGAUUGUUGGGGGAGGUGUUGUCGGCCUUGCUGUUGCACAACGUCUAACUCAAUGCUUUCCAUAUAAAUCAACGUACCUGGUUGAAAGACAUUCACGGGCUGGAGAGGAGACCAGGUAUGCAUCUUUGAAAGCCCAACUAUUGAUUGCAUGCAUCACUUCUCAUGUUACACAAAAGUACGACUUAUGUGCCAGAUCCUACCCAGGUCUUUACUAUCCUCCCGAGUCCCUCAAGACCAAACUAUGCCUCCGGGGUCGUGAUCUCAUGUACGAACGCUGCAUAACCUACAAUAUACCCUACAAGCAAACGGGAAAGCUCGUUGUAGCCAAAGCCAACCAGCUUCCGUACAUCCAAAGCCUCUACACUAAAUCUCUAAAGCUCAAAUGGCCUCCUUACUCCUCUACAGAGGCGCAGAAGGAACCAGUGCUUCCAACAAAACUGCUCUCACGAGAAGCCAUCGAAAAACUCGAGCCUGAUCUUUCUACUGAUAUAGUUGCGGCGUUGUGGUGUCCUAAAACUGGAAUUGUGGACUCGCAUUCCUUUAUGGAAAGUUUGGAACAGGAUGUCAUCGAUUCGGAAGAGGGCCAGCUUGUUUUCAACUCUGAAGUUGUGCGUAUCGACCGAUACCGCAAUCCAAGUGAAAAGAAAUACGUGGGUGGCGCUAGCUCUAGUGAGGAGGGCUGGGUAGUGCAAGUUCGUUCUGAAGAGGAAGAAACUUACUCCUUGCUCGCCCGGACACUGAUUAACGCGUCUGGCUUGUCCAGUGUUAUGGUUCUUAAUUCGUUACUUCCUCAAGAUAAAAGGAUUCCCAUGUUCUAUGCAAGAGGAUCGUACGCGUCAUAUCAUGGCCCUGGGGUUUCAGACAUCAAGCAUCUCAUCUAUCCAUGCCCUCACACAGGACCAAAUGCCCAUGCCUUUGAGUCUCUGGGAACACAUCUAACAUUGGAUCUCCAGGGGAAAAUACGCUUUGGCCCCGACAUAGAGUGGAUAGAUAUUCCAGAAGAAGAUAUCAAAGGAACUGAAGAGGACACAGAUUUCUGGACGAAAUGGUUAAAGCCAGACGAUUCGCGACUGCCGGAUAUCCAUCAAGCCGUCACCAGUUACUUACCUGGAGUAACAUUAGAGGGCCUACAACCGGAUUAUGUUGGCAUUAGACCGAAGCUCAUACCACCAGGAGGCGGUUUCCAGGACUUCCUUUUCAGAACAGAUUAUCCCGACGAAUUCACCCAGAGAAAUGGUAGCAACCCAAUGGUCAGUUUACUCGGAAUAGAGUCACCAGGGUUGACAUCAAGUCUGGCAAUUGCAGAAAUGGUUGUCGAUGGUAUGUUGAAGAGGUAG